AUGGACGAGAGGAAGAAUGAAUCUAUGGAUGUGCUCAGAAACAGAUGGCAGGAGAACAAUCAGCAGCUUCUGCAAGAAGCUACGCGUGACGGAAGCUGCAGGAUGCUUGUUCCACUUCUGCUGGGCAUAGCUUCUCUAUUCUGUCCAUAUUGCAGUGAACUUCAAGACCAUCUAAAAGAGACUAGACUAAUGUGCUUCAAAUGUAAAAGAUACCAUCUGGGACUAUGUUAUGAAUCUAUGAAGACCUGCAGCCUGAAGUAUCAGCAGUCCUGUGCUAUUGAGAACUUUUACAUACUUACCCCAAAAGGACGAAGUAUGUACCAUUAUUCAAAACUAUCAUGUAUGUCCAACUGUGAGGACAUCAACUUCUUGGAUUUUGAAAAGAGGACAGAGCUCAUUUGUUGCAAACAUAGUAACUAUUGCAAUCUCCCUGAGGGACUCUAG